AUGCCGUUGGAUCUGUCAUUAUACCUGGUCACGGACUCGACCCCUGCCAUCCUCAAGGGCCGUGAUCUAUGCACCGUGGUGGAAGAGGCCCUCAAAGGAGGUGUGACGGUGGUUCAGUACAGAGAGAAAACGAGCGACACCGGGGAACAGGUGCAGACGGCUAGAAAGCUGCACCAGAUUACUCAGAAGUAUGGGGUGCCUUUGCUGAUCAACGAUCGAGUGGAUGUUGCUCUUGCCGCGGGAGCUGAAGGAGUUCACCUUGGCCAGGAUGAUAUGACUAUCCAAGAGGCCAAGAAACUAUUGCCUAAAGAUGCCAUCAUUGGUAUCAGCGCAGGUAACAUCGAGGAAGCCCAAAAAGCCGUUGAUGCUGGCGCCGAUUAUCUCGGAAUAGGAGCGAUGUUCGCGACUCCCACGAAAACCAAUACCAAACAAAUUCUUGGAACGACUGGCACCCAGACUAUCCUAAACGCCAUUGCAGACUCUGGCCGCUCUGUCGGAACCGUUUCCAUUGGCGGCAUCAACCUGUCUAAUGUGCAACGAGUCUUCUACCAGUCCAAGUCCCCUAAGAAGGGAUUGGAUGGUGUUGCCAUUGUCAGCGCUAUCAUGGCGGCAGACGACCCUAAAGCUGCCGCCGAGGCCUUCGUUGACCACAUUGCUACUCCACCACCCUUCGUGCGUGGGCCGGCACCUCAGGCUCGGGAGGUCUCUUCUCUGGUUGAAGAUGUGCCACACAUCGUCCAGAAGGUUGUUCAGGCUCAUCCCUUAGUACACAACAUGAUCAACUUUGUUGUAGCAAACUUCGUGGCCAAUGUUGCUCUUUCGAUGGGCGCAUCACCGAUCAUGUCGCCCUACGGCGAUGAAGCCGUCGAUCUCGCUCAGUUCGACGGCGCUUUGCUCAUCAACAUGGGGACCCUGACCAGCGAGAGUGUUCCCAACUAUCUCAAGGCUAUCAAGGCCUACAACUCCCGCGGCAACCCUGUCGUCUAUGACCCCGUCGGAGCAGCUGCCACCCACAUCCGACGCGGAGCUGUUAAGCAGCUCAUGGCAGGCGGAUACUUUGAUCUCAUCAAAGGAAACGAAGGAGAGAUUAGACAGGUCUAUGGAAGCAGUGGCGUGACACAGCGGGGCGUCGACAGCGGACCAAGCAACCUUGAUAGCCAAGCGAAGGCUACGUUGGCUCGGGAUUUGGCCCGGAGAGAGCAUAAUGUCGUUCUUCUUACCGGCGCUGUCGACUAUCUCAGCGACGGAGAGCGAGUGCUUGCGGUUGAGAACGGACACGAGCUGCUUGGACAAGUCACGGGAACUGGCUGCGCUGUCGGCACCGUCUCCGGCUGCUUCCUAACCACCCACCCAACUGACAAACUACUCGCUGUCCUCUCCGGUAUUCUGAUGUACGAGAUCGCAGCCGAGAACGCAGGCUCCAAGGAACACGUUCGCGGACCCGGAAGCUUCGUGCCUGCAUUCCUCGACGAGCUGUAUGCCAUCCGCCAGGCCGCUCUGAAGGGCGACCGUAGCUGGAUUGCUGGGCGGACUAAGGUGCGAGAAAUCAUUUUGUAG